UGGUUCUAUUUUAUUUUGAAGAUCUUUGGGUGUAAUUUUCCUGAAGCACUACCAGGGUAUUUUGAAAAACAUUAGUUCACAAACAAUGGAGGAUAUACAGAAGAUAUGUGACACAAUAGAAGAAAGAAUACUGAAGUUACACUGCACAGACUGGCUUUAUCGUAUAGGUGAUGAGGCAGGGGAACUGGAUGACAUGUGGAAAAUAUCUGCUUGCAUAAUGUGUCAAAUUCUACGCAGUGGAAAAACAGAAGUGGAUUGCAAGAAGAGAGACACCUUGAUUGAAAAUGUCAAGUCAAAACUCCAGUUUCACAAACCUGCAGAGAAAUGUAAUAUAUGUGGAGAAGUGAUAAAUUUUAGCAGUGCAAAGCAGGAUUCCUGUGGGAAUGGCCACAAGUUUGCUCGCUGCUGCCAGUCCCUGCUGCUGGUACAGGAGACCCCUUACAGAAAAUGCCAGAACUGCAGAGCUUUAGCCAUAGCAUUACCAGAUACUGCACCGGAGUGCAUAAAGAAGAUGCUGGUGUCUACUUGUACUUUCUGUGCUGGUGUGGUAGUUUAAUAUCACAGUGAUGGUGCCACAAUUCAAUAAUACAAAAAUGAAUGAUUUCACAUUAAUGAGAAGUGGAUUGAAUAUGUACAUUGGAGCAAAUGCCAGGACCAUUUUGUAAAUAAAUUUAUAGGAUAAGGGUAACAAGGUACAUGUGAAUCUCUGUUCCAAGCCACUUCUUACCUGGACUUACUGCCUAUUGUUCCUGUGAUAUAUUUAUAUGUCAUUCAUGAACAUACAAUCACACUACAACAUAAUUAUAAAAGUUUUGUAAUAAAAAAAAGCUUUUAUUUUUUCAUAUCAUGAUAGUUGAGUAAUCACAUCAAGAGAAAAACAGACUGCUUGGCAAAUGCUUGGACCCAUCAUACAUAUCAUAGGCCCAAAGUAUAUAUGUAUGUAUAUUGAUGUAGAUUAAUAUUACUUAUAAUGUAGUGCUGGAAUAUCUGCAUUCAAGAGCAUCUGAGGAAUGUAACCACAGCUAUUUAAUAAAUCAUCAACUGUUUACGUUGUUUGGAUUUUAAUUUUAGUGUUCUAUUUCAAAUACAUUUUUCUGCAUUCCCAACCAGCGGGAACAUUAUUAAGAGACCAUUAGAAGUGGAUCCAUUAUUUCUAUUGAGACAUCCUUGAUUCUUUUGUUGUGGGAAGACGAUAACUUGACAGAUGCCAAAAUACCGGAGAACAAAUCCUCUCAUCCUACCUGUUGACUGAAGAAACUGUCAUUGAAAUGUAAUAACAUCUCUGUUCUCUGAUAAGAGAAAAGAGGCAAUUAUCAUGAGGAGUCUUAGCAGAGACUCGACUUUUUUAUAUCUAAAAUAAUACCAGUUUUAUGGUUUUAUUACCAGUAUGUUUUUUAAGACAUCUUGUUUAUUAUACCAAAAUGUGGCCUUGAGCUUGUAACACUUAUUUCACAAACUGUUUGAGAGUACCAACGAAACAGAGUGUUUUUUA